UGGUAGCAGGCAGGUUCAAUGAGUUUCAAGUAAAGAUACAGAUCAGCUGCGAGGCAUUAGACCUGCUACUUAGUCAAUAACUUGUAAAUAUCAAGCUGGCAAGUCAAAUUGUACAUCUAUAUAUUAUUGUUUUAUAGCCGACAUAAACAAUGCCUGUUGAAAGUUUGCCAAUUCGACAGUCGUCCUUCCAUGUUCGGUUGCUGCAACAGUAUCUGGGUUUGCUGAAAAAUUACCCCAUCCUCACCAAAUCCGUAACGAGUGGCAUACUCUCAGCGUUGGGAAACAUCCUGUCACAAACGUUAGAGGCAAGAAAAAAGACGAAGGAUUUGAAGAAGAUUGACAUUACUGGACCUACUCGAUAUGCCAUUUAUGGGCUUUUUGUCACAGGGCCGGUGAGCCAUGUCUUCUACCAGCUUAUGGAGGUCCUGAUGCCUGCGUCUGAGCCUUACUGUGUGGUCAAGCGCCUGUUGCUGGAUCGGCUUGUCUUCGCCCCUGCCUUCCUGAUGCUGUUCUACUUUGUCAUGAACAUCCUGGAGGGAAAGAGUUUAUCAGACUUUGAGGGCAAAGUGAGAACUAGUUAUUGGACUGCCUUGAAAAUGAACUGGAAAGUGUGGACACCCUUCCAGUUUAUCAACAUCAACUACAUACCCGUUCAGUUUCGAGUGCUGUUUGCCAACAUGGUGGCCCUGUUUUGGUACGCUUACCUUGCGUCUGUGAGAAAGUAAAGUCGCCCAGGACUGAUCUAUGCUGGCUGGGGAGGGCCUGGUUUCACACAACGCAACACAACUAUAAAACAUGCAAUGACUUUAACUCAUCUUAAUCUACAUACCAUCUGAACCAUUGUUUGUUAAUGUGGUAUUAGAUAGGUCUCUGACACAUUUUUGGUCAAGUACUUUCGUAAAAAAAAACGUAAUGAGUCACAGAGAACAAACUCUGUGCAAAUUUCAGCUCAGGAGGCAAGUAUUUUCUGCAGAAUACGAUGCAUGUUUUUAUUACAUCCUGUCUGAAGUCUCAGUGGUGCUGUGGCAGUGUUGUGUUUUGUUACCUACAGGCUGCCUUAACCCUUGUCUGUUUCAGGUCAAAGUUACACUGAACUACUACUGAACAGUUUCUAACCCAGACUUCCAUCACGUUACCUUGUGAUGCCAUCUCAAGAAGUAUGUCAAGACCAUGUCGACAUUUUGUUAUGGCUGACCAUGAAGAGUACACAUGCUGAUCGUUAUCCAUUUUUAAUUGUUACAUUUCUUAUUAACGUAUUACAAUGAUUGGUUAAUGUGGAUAAACAUUUGACAUGAAUAACGUUGUUAAGGAUUUCCUGCCUGUUACAAGGAGCUAAAUACAGAUUUUCAAACAUCA